CUUCCCCAAGAGCCCACUGAAUUAAUAGGAUGGACUGAUCUGACCCUCUCAACUCCUGCUGUUCAGUGGAGCCAUCUACCUGCUGUUUGCAGAAAGAAGAAAGAUGGAAAGUAAUGCAGUUUUGCUAGAAUCAAAGUCCUCGCCGAUAAAUCUUCUGAACGAAAUGCAUCAGCUGCGUCUUCUGGGCCAUCUUUGUGAUGUAACGGUUAGCGUGGAGUAUCAAGGUGUCAGGGGAGAGUUUGUUGCUCACAAAGCUGUAUUGGCAGCAACAAGCAAGUUCUUCAAGGAGGUGUUUCUUAAUGAGAAGAGCAUGGAUAGCUCAAGGACAAAUGUGUUCUUGAAUGAGGUCCAGGUAGCUGAUUUUGCUUCAUUUCUUGAGUUUGUCUAUACUGCCAAGGUAGAAGUGGAGGAAGACCGAGUGCAACGUAUGCUGGAAAUAGCCGAAAAGCUUAAGUGCUUGGACCUGUCUGAAACCUGUUUUCAGCUGAAGAAGCAGAUGCUUGAAUCAGUGUUGUUGGAGUUGCAAAAUUUCUCUGAAUCGCAGGAUGCUGAGGACGACAGUGGUACCCAAUCAAAUGCUUUAGUUGAGUUGAAGACAAUUGUUGUGGCGGAAGGUGACCGUACAGGCUGUCCUCCUGAUUCUCCCAAUUCCCCCAUGGAAAGACCCAGCAAUGGAGUGUCUCCUGAGAGGCCAACUGCCAAAUCAAAAGAGAAGGUUGACAAGAAAAAAGAAACCAUGAAGCCUCCCUAUGCCAAAAUCAGAAGGGCCAGUGGGAGGCUGGCUGGGAGGAAAGUAUUUGUAGAAAUCCCCAAAAAGAAGUACACAAGGCGGUUGAGAGAGCAACAGAAGAAUGCUGAGGAUGCUACUGAAGAGAACAAGUUCCCGAAAGACCAAAUCCUGCAUGAUGUGGAGAAGGAAGAGGGGCAAGUGGAAAACAGUGUGAAGCCUGAGAAUGAAGAGUGCAAUGGCAACUUUGAAUUAGAAGACAACUUUAAAAAAUCAGAGGAGGAUAAGAAGAAACGAGGUGGCAAUUUCAAAUGCAGCACCUGCAAGAAGGAAUUCUUGUACGAGAAGAGCUUCCUCAAGCACAUAAAGCACAGUCAUGGCAUUGCGGCUGAAAUCAUUUACCGGUGUGAAACCUGCAGUCAGACCUUUGCCAACCGGUGCAAUUUAAAAAGCCACCAACGCCACGUCCACACCAGUGAGCGCCACUUCCCUUGUGAACUCUGUGGUAAGAAGUUCAAGAGGAAGAAGGACGUCAAGAGGCACAUUCUUCAGGUUCAUGAGGGUGGUGGGGAGCGUCAUCAGUGCCAACAGUGUGGAAAGGGUUUGAGCUCCAAAACUGCUUUGAGGCUUCAUGAAAGGACGCAUACAGGCGACAAGCCUUAUGGGUGCACAGAGUGUGAGGCUAAAUUUUCUCAGCCUUCUGCACUUAAAACACACAUGAGAAUCCACACUGGUGAGAAACCUUUUGUCUGUGAGGAAUGUGGUGCAAGAUUCACACAGAAUCACAUGCUUAUAUAUCAUAAAAGGUGUCAUACAGGGGAAAGGCCUUUUAUGUGUGAAACAUGUGGGAAGAGCUUUGCCUCUAAGGAGUACUUGAAACACCAUAAUAGAAUACAUACCGGAUCCAAGCCGUUUAAAUGUGAAGUUUGCUUCAGAACAUUUGCACAGAGGAAUUCGCUUUACCAGCAUAUUAAAGUUCACACGGGUGAACGGCCCUAUUGUUGUGAUCAGUGUGGUAAGCAGUUCACACAGCUCAACGCAUUGCAGCGCCAUCAUCGAAUACACACGGGGGAGAAACCGUUCAUGUGCAAUGCGUGCGGGCGAACGUUCACGGACAAAUCGACCUUGCGGCGGCACACUUCAAUACAUGAUAAGAAUACACCCUGGAAGUCCUUCCUGGUUAUUGUUGAAGGAGUGUCGAAGAACGAUGAAGGUCACAAGACAGAGCUUCCUGAUGAAGAGUAUCAUGUGUCACCUAAAAUAACAGACAAGUUGCUGUCUUUUUCUGAACAUGGCCACUAUCAAAACUUGACUGCUGUCCCAGGGAGUGUGACUGCACUGCACGACAACAGUUCUACCAUCGUGACAGACUGCAAAUCGGAUGGGACUGUGGGACCCCAAGAAGCCCUCAUAGCUACCACCUUAAGUGAGCUUACGGUACUACAUACACAGACAGAUGCUAUUCAGCCACAGCUCCAUGCUCUGGUGAAUAUGGAAUAAUUUGGUAUUUUUCACCAACCCAGCCUAGGCCAUACCUCUAAUAACUUCUGACUUUGCCAGUAACCUAGUGAUGUAAUUAGGAGAAAGCAUUGACCCGAAAGGAAGAGGGACUAGUUGUGGAUGACAUUCACGGCGUUUAUCUCCUCCUCACCCUUAAAACACCACAAAUCAGUAAUCUUCAAUUUGCAUAGUCUAGCGGUAGCUCCUUUUCCCGGCUGAUAGUUAUUAUUCUACUUUCUUCAUUUCUUGAUUUUUCUGUACCCUUUGUUAUGAACAUGUGAAAUAAUACAAUCACUUCAGAGAGCAGUUAACCUCAAGCAGAGCAUAUGAAGACCUGCCAUUGUUUUAAUCUCUGGAAAUCUGACCAGGCAGUCUCCUCUUCGCUACCCUUCCUGCAAAGGUGUGGUAAGCCCUUCUUCCUUUUGUUCAGAUGGCUUGAGUGCAGCUCCCUUAGAAAGGAGGGUGUGUGGGUUUUUUGUUUUGUUUCCAAUUCGAUUCCACAACAUGUGUGAACAAAUAGAAAUACUGUGUUGUUUCUGGGCCUAACAGUUAAUGGAAUUAAAUACACUUUCCUAGUAAAAGUUCAUAAGUAGAAAAUAAAAUUCUGUUAAAUUUCAUUUCAGGAAGUGUUUUAAUCUUGGCUUUGCCAAAGAUUCAAGCAGAAUCAUUUUAGUAUUUGGAAAAACCAAUGGGAGCAAGCGUGGGAAACGCAUGGAGUUACAUUCCAAUAGUUUUUAUUUUUCUGUUAUAAAAUAGCUCAUAUACUGUUAUGGAACGCACUCCAAUAAGAAGUGUCAGUUGUGAAUUAGCAGGAUUACUAAUCUAGUGAUUAAAAUAACUCACUAAACAAUAAAGGUAAAUUACUGCUUCAUUGUCACCAACUUUUACACUAAAUUUGCACUCUUAAACUCUGAUCUUGCAACUGGCUCUACUGGUGCAGAUCUGUAUUGAGUAAUGUGGUUCCAUUUGAGCACAGGGGUCUCUCCUGCUGGAUUCAUUUGUGGGAUAGGGGCCUUGGGGUACAGGUGAUAAGUGGGAUACAUUAAGGCCAUUCAAGUAGUUUCAGGCUCCAAAUUUUACUUUUGAAAAGUUUUUACGAAACUUGUAAAGAAAAACAUCUUUGUGGUUAUUUCAAGAAGCCUUUUCUAAGAGUCAGUGUUGGAAAUGCAACCACUGCAGCUUUGGGCUAGUGCCUGGAAGUGCCCAACCUGAGGCAAAUGCCAAAAAUCAAUGACAUCAGUGCUGAUGUUUAUAUUUUUAAAGCUUUUGUUUUCCUGAUUAGAAUGGUAUUUAGUAUCUGAGGUGAAAAAUUUAGCAGGAAGAUACUGACAAUGUGCCUUUUUUAAAUGUCAAGGAAGGUAGUGCUUGCUCCAAAAUCCAUUCAGGCAGUAGGAGUCUUCCCAUUGACUUCAGUGGGUGUUUGGAGCAGGCUUUCUGGGUUGAAUUCUGCAAGCUAUGCCGCCAUGAAUGAUCUGAUUGUCAGUGGCACUUCUCAUGGGUGUUGUGUUAACCUGGUAAGAGAUUGCAGGAUUAGACCUUUCUGUGGAACCCCCUUUCCCCUCACCUUCUACAAAAAUCUGGUCAAGUUCAGGGUGUUAGUUUUUGUCCUAAUCCUUGUUUUACAAUGAGAAUAUCUUACAGGCAGUAAAGGGAACACAAGUGGGAUGUCUCAGUACAACCAGUUUCUUUCCAUUGCAAGGGGUUUCACUUUCCAAGUUAGUUUAUUCUUAGUGAGGGAAAAUGUAUAUCUUCAUGUUCAGUUAACCUAUCAUUUACAAUUUUUUCUUUAUUUUGUGAGCAAAUUAUAUGUGUUGGUGUGUUUCACUGAGCAGAGGCUGAUUGGGUCAGUGAAGAAGGCUUGAGCCUGUUCCCGCUGAUUUUAAGUGGAGCAGAAUUAGCCCUAUAGUUAAGAGUAUUUUAAAAUGAAGCUUUCAACAAUUAAACAUCUUAAUCCCACUUGCCUUUUUUCAAAACCAUUUUAGAUCAGUACAAUUGGUCAAGUUGAUUAAAAAGUAUCUUGCUACUAACAGAGCGAUUAACUAUUCCAAAUCGGGCCAAAUCUUCAGCUAUGUCAGUUUAUAGCAGCUGAGGAUCUGCCCUUCUGAUUUUUGCAGAUAAGAAACCUUCACCAAAAAAUGUAAUAACUUUUUUUAAGCAGUUUGAGAAAAGCUUGCUGAAAGUUAAGCACAAUCCAUCACUAUGGCCCACUCCUAAAAGACUUACUGGUAGGCAAAGCAAUAAAAAUAACCAAACUGUGGACCAGAGUUUUGGGGGUUUUUUUGAACCUUAAAGGAGCUUUUGAUGUUACCUUUGACCCCUAGCUUAAUCCGGGAAAAGGGUUUAAAAAAAUAGCUUUCCAGGAGGUUAUAUUUGACAUAUUUAUUCAAACAUUGUGUUCCUUGAGAGUGUUGAAGUUCAAAUGAUUCCUAAUGACCAAUGUACAGUGUAGAUAUAUUUAAAUCCUGAGUAUUAGUAUCUGUAGACAAAGGAAAUUUUUGUAUUCCAUGAAUGUAUGGAAGUGAGUAACCUGUACGAACUAUUAAAUCCUCUUAAAAUAUUGAACUAGUACUGCCCUUUUUGUAAGUGACUUGCUUGGAGUACCAGAUGUUCCUCUUCCCUGAGAACUAUGCAUUGUAUAUUGCAGAGAUCUUAUGAUUACAGUAGCAGGCCCCUGGGUACUUUUGCAUUAAUUCUACAGAAGUUGCUACUGAUCACCUGGUGCCUUAGGCCUAAAUCAUUCCAUUGUUCGGUACUCUGUUUUGCUUCCAUAGUGCUGAUUAAAAUUAUUGCAGGAAUGUUAUAACAUGCAUCAGAAAACUCUACAGGACUCAUUACUUAUUUUCACAAGUGAACAAAGUCAUAGUGUAAGCCUACAAGAACUUUAGUUGUACAGACUUAUUUGUAUUUAGGAUAGCUGUUCUGUGCAAGGUGAAAUUCAGUGCACAGCAUUCUGAAGAGUUACACACUAAAUAUGCAGA